AUGGCACCUUCACUCUUUACCCUAGGCACGGCUGCCCUGGCCUUAGCCGGUGACGUUGUCGCCAAACAGUUCGUUCUCGAUGACACAUACGACUCCACGAACUUCUUCGACAAGUUUGACUUUUUCGAGAGCAAGUAUAACACGGGCGAUUACAAUGACGUCGAUCUCACUUCGGGCUACAUCAACUACCGCACCCGUGUCGACGCCCAGAAGCUGGGUCUCAUCAGCAACGCCGGCGGCGAGGUCUACGUGGGCCCCGAUGCCCACAACAUCACCGAGUUCUCCGGUGUUGGUCGUUCAAGUGUGAGGCUUGAGAGCAAGGCCAUUUACAACAAACAUCUCAUGGUCGCCCGCUUUUCUCAUCUUCCUAAGCCUGUCUGCGGUGCCUGGCCCGCCUUUUGGUCAUACGGUUCUCCCUGGCCCAAGAACGGCGAGCUUGACUUCUUCGAGGGCUGGAACAACGCGGCUGCCAACAAGCCUGCUGCCCAUACCUACCUCACAUCCGAACAGGGCCAGUGUAUUAUCAGUGAGACUGGUCAGACGGCCAAGGUCAACACGGUUAACUGUGAUCAGCAGGCUCCCGGCCAAUACACCAACGAGGGGUGUACCACUACAGCUACCUCUGCUGACCCUUGGGGCUCCUCUGAUGGCGGUAUCUAUGCUGUUGAGUGGACAGACGACUACAUCAAGUUCUUCGCCUGGACCCAUUCCGCAGCGCCCAAGAACAUCGGCUCCGACUCGCCCGAUACCUCCUCCUGGGGAACUCCCUCUAUGCUCAUCGCCAACGACAAGUGCAACAUCAACAGCCACUUUGCCGACCAAAGACUCGUUCUGAACAUUGACUUCUGCGGUGUCCUCGCAGGCAACGAGUACAUCUGGAAGGACCAGUGCGCUGCGUCCACCGGCCACGCUGUCUGCUCGUCGUAUGUCGCGGCGAACCCCGGUGCCUACAAGGACACCUACUUCAAGAUCAAGGACAUUCGUGUGUUCAAGGAGGGCAGCAAGGCUGUGACGACUUCCUCGUCUGCUUCGUCUACCUCUACCUCGACUUCCACCUCGACAUCUUCCACAACAUCGUCUGCCUCCACGUCAUCCGCUUCGACGUCGUCUGUGUUCACGUCGACUACGAUCUCCACCUCGGCAUCUGCCUCUGCGUCCACCUCAACCUCAACGAGUGCCUCCAUCUCUGCUUCCGCGAGCGGCUCAGUCACGGCAAAGGACACGUCUGUCAGCACCUCUGACUCCAAGACCGCCUCUGGCACCGCAUCUGCGACUGCCUCUGGAACUGCCUCUGGAUCGGCUUCUGGAUCUGGAUCUACUUCAGUCUCAGCUUCAGCAUCUGCCUCCGGAUCCGGCUCCAAGUCCGCCUCCGCCUCCAUGACUCCUACUGGCCCGAUCACCACAAGCGCCACUGGUACCAAGUCAGCCACCGCCAGCGCAUCCGGCUCCAUCUCCAUCAAGUCCAACAGCAUGACCGAAGAGGAUGUCUGCACCGAGAGCGAUGCCAUCACCACUAAGACCGGCGUCACCAGCAAACAGACCCAGGCGGCUUCGACAACGACUCCCCCCGUCGAGCUCACGACCUCGACAGUCUACACCACAAAGGUUUCUACCAUCACCGCGUGCCCAGCCCGCCUGGGCAAGGUCACGACGCAGACCAUUGCCUUGUACACCACGGUCUGCCCCGUAUCGUCUGUCCCUGCUACCAAGCCCACCGAGCCGGUCAAGGGCAACGACAAGCCCAAUGACAAGGCCAGCCCUGGCCCUGGCCCUGCCCCUGGCGUCUCGACCACUACCUUCACCACCGUCUACACGAUCACCAAGUGCCCACCCUCCGUCACAAACUGCCCCGUCGGCAGCGUCACCACCAAGGUCGUCACCACCUCUAUUCCCUCCGCCGGCACCUCCGUGCCCAUCGUAACCAAGGUCGUCCCUACGGCCCCCUCGGGCCCCAACUCCGCCCCCGGCGUACCCAAUACCCUCUCCUCGGUCUCCCCCUCCGGCGUUCCCCUCAAGCCCAGUGCCCCCGGUGGUAAUAACUACGGCUCCGGCAAGGGCAACGGCACUGUCCCCAAGCCUCCUCCCGGCUUCAACGCCACCAUCCCGGCGACCAAGCCCACCACUCUCACCGCCUCCAAGCCCUCAGGAACGGCCCCGGGUGCUUCGACAACGGGCUGUUCCGGCGCCAGCUGCCCUACCAAGCCGGCUGUCGUCGUCAAUGCGGCCGUCCAGGCGGGUGCCAGCUUUUUGCUGAUGGCCAUUGGUGCCCUCGCUGUCCUGGCUUUGUAA